AAUCAAUCUCCAUCACAAUGUAUCAUCCAAACAUGUUUGAAAGCCAUCAUAUGUUCGACAUGACCCAAAAGAGUACAUCCGACAACGACUUGGGGAUCACCGGAAGCCGAGAAGAUGAUUUCGAGACCAAGUCAGGCACCGAAGUCACCACCGAGAAUCCUUCCGGUGAAGAGCUUCAAGAUCCUAACCAACGUCCCAACAAAAAGAAGCGUUACCAUCGCCACACGCAACGUCAAAUUCAAGAGCUUGAAUCGUUCUUUAAGGAAUGCCCUCAUCCAGAUGAUAAGCAACGGAAAGAGUUGAGCCGCGAUCUCGCUUUAGAGCCUCUUCAAGUAAAGUUUUGGUUCCAAAACAAACGCACACAAAUGAAGGCACAACAUGAGAGGCAUGAGAACCAGAUUCUUAAGUCAGACAAUGACAAGCUAAGAGCAGAGAACAAUAGAUACAAAGAAGCUCUAAGCAAUGCUACAUGCCCUAACUGUGGCGGUCCAGCUGCUAUCGGUGAAAUGUCCUUCGACGAACAGCAUCUUAGGAUCGAAAAUGCUCGUCUCCGUGAAGAGGUGUGUAUGUUCAUCGUCACUUAUAAGAUACGAUUAGCGAUCCACGCGCCUCCUCGUUCGCUCGAUCUUGAAGUCGGCAACUUUGGGAACCAAGCAGGUUUUGUAGGGGAAAUGUACGGAACAGGGGACAUUCUGAGGUCGGUUUCGAUCCCUUCUGAGACCGAUAAGCCUAUGAUCGUCGAGCUAGCGGUUGCAGCUAUGGAGGAACUCGUGAGGAUGGCUCAAGCCGGGGAUCCUUUAUGGGUUUCAGCCGAUAACUCGGUCGAGAUUCUCAACGAAGAAGAGUAUUUCAGAGCGUUUCCGAGAGGCAUCGGACCAAAGCCGUUAGGGUUGAGAUCAGAGGCGUCCAGAGAAUCCGCGGUUGUCAUAAUGAAUCACAUCAAUCUCGUCGAGAUUCUCAUGGAUGUGAACCAAUGGUCUUGUGUUUUCUCUGGGAUUGUGUCAAGAGCCUUGACGCUUGAAGUUCUUUCGACUGGAGUUGCUGGGAACUACAAUGGUGCUUUGCAAGUGAUGACGGCUGAGUUUCAAGUUCCGUCACCGUUAGUCCCGACGCGUGAGAACUACUUUGUGAGAUACUGUAAACAGCACAGCGACGGUUCUUGGGCUGUGGUUGAUGUCUCUUUGGAUAGCCUCAGACCGAAUCCGAUCUCAAGAACCAGAAGAAGGCCUUCAGGUUGUCUGAUUCAAGAACUGCCCAACGGUUAUUCUAAGGUAAAGGAAGAAGACAUAAACGGUCACAUGGAUAGAGCAUAUGGAGUGAUAACGAGUCCAGAAGGGAGGAAGAGUAUGUUGAAGCUAGCGGAAAGGAUGGUGAUGAGCUUUUGCAGCGGCGUAGGCGCGUCCACUGCACACGCGUGGACGACGAUGUCGUCAACAGGAUCCGAUGAUGUUCGGGUCAUGACCCGAAAGAGCAUGGAUGAUCCGGGAAGACCUCCGGGUAUUGUUCUUAGCGCCGCGACUUCCUUCUGGAUCCCUGUGGCUCCGAAGCGGGUUUUCGAUUUCCUCCGCGACGAAAAUUCAAGAAGCGAGUGGGAUAUUCUUUCGAAUGGAGGAAUGGUACAAGAAAUGGCCCAUAUAGCCAAUGGUCGUGAACCUGGAAACUGCGUCUCUUUGCUCCGAGUCAACAGCGGAAACUCGAGCCAGAGCAAUAUGUUGAUUCUGCAAGAGAGUUGUACGGACGCGUCUGGAUCGUAUGUGAUUUAUGCUCCGGUGGAUAUAGUGGCGAUGAACGUUGUGCUGAGCGGCGGAGAUCCUGAUUACGUGGCGUUGCUGCCGUCUGGUUUUGCUAUUUUACCGGAUGGUUCGGUCGGAGGAGGAACCGGAGAUGGGAAUAAUCAGGAAGUGGUUACUUCUUCUGCUUCUGGGAGCUGUGGCUCACUCUUAACCGUAGCGUUUCAGAUACUUGUUGACUCUGUUCCUACAGCUAAACUCUCUCUUGGCUCGGUGGCUACGGUUAAUAGUCUGAUCAAAUGUACGGUGGAAAGGAUCAAAGCUGCCGUUGCUUGCGACGGAGGUGGUGGUGGA